GACUUUACCGAAUAGAACCAAAGAGUAUGGAUCCUUGCAGUCACGAAAGCUUGAAAUCUAGAAUAUGAUGACAGCGCUGGUGGGAUGAGAGAGAGCCCAGCCCUUGAACGUAAGCAUCGGCCGCACUGUGGGCGAGAGUUGCUCGUCAGCUUCACGGGAUUUGUGUCGUGUCGUGCCGCUGCUGGUGUUGAUGCUAAGCGGCUUUUUUUCCUCUCCCUGUUUUUCUUCAACCCUCUUGACCGAGUCGGCUACGGCACUUCUCCACUCCAGGCUUCAUAGGUGGCUCGCUAACAGAACUUGCCUCAACAGUAUGUUAAAAGCUUUACGGGCGGUGUUUGGUCCGCAUACCUGUCAACCCAUACGGUUUACCCGUGUUCUUGUACAGGGAAAUAUAGUUGUAUGAUCUAUACGGCGCACAACUGUUUCAAUACGGGAAAACAUUGUCAAUUUGUUUGUGUUUCUCCCUGGUGAUGGAACUUGGUAGGAUGAACGUUGAGAUUUAUAACUGCAGCAAUGGGUCCGUGGAGAGUGAGUGGGUGGGUGAGUAAUUAAGAUAUUGCAGAAAAUGGAAUGUCAGCCCUCAUUCUUUCCCCGCCCCACUCGACAUUACGACACGACCUUGGAAGGUGCCUUAUAAAAAGUUAGGCUUCGAAAGUGCGAGCUAGCACAGGUGGUUAGCCAUCAAACCAGGGUCCACAGCAGAAGCAGCUGACAAUUGUGUUUGAAUCUAUAAGUGAGGAAGUUGCGACGCAAUCUGUAAUAAAAAAAAAAAAACUGUAAUUUGGUAUUGUCAAAGUAUUGUUUUAUUUAAUUACCACAGUCGAUUUUUCAUAAAUUAUCAGACAAAUAAUUAUGCUUAGCCACGACCUACCAGCGAGGAUGACGACGAUGGUGGUGAUGGUGGUGAUGAUGGCCGUGGGGGUGUCCUGUGCCCUGGAUCCUGACGCCGACCUCACGUUCAGCACCGAAUUAUCUCCGGACAAAUUUCACGUCUCGUGGGCGUUCGACAGCGACCAGAUCGUCCUGGAAGCUCGGGUUCGCACCCGGGGCUGGGUCGGGCUGGGUCUGAGCUCCACGGGGAUGAUGGCCGGCUCUGACGUGGUGGUCGGGUGGGUGGACAGCGCAGCCGCUACCCACCUCGUGGACGCACACAUCGAGGGGGAGCGGAGCCUGGUGCGGGACGCGAGCCAGGACUACAAACUCGUGCGGCUCAGCGAGAACGGCACCCACACGGUCAUGCGCGUGGUGCGCGCGCUGCGCACGUGCGACGCCAACGACAGGGACAUCACCGAGGACACGGUGCGUUUGAUCUGGGCCUACAGCGUUGACGACCCAGCGAGCGAGGCUCAGAUCCUGUACCAUGGCGCAGCCACGCGGGGCUCGAAGAGCGUUCAACUUCUGAGCCACGGGUCUGCCACCGAGCAGCCCCUGCCUCCAGAUCACGACUCCUUUAACCUGACUUUUGACAAGUACCCGAUCCCGGGCGCCUCCACAUUUUACGCGUGCAAGCUCGUCUCUCUGCCCAAGUUCAGCAAGAAAAAUCACCUCAUCAAGGUGCAGCCCAUCGUCCAGGUCGGCAACGAAGCGUUCGUGCACCACAUUCUCGUGUACGUGUGCCUGGACAACGUGAACGCGUCCCACGUGGGAGUCACGCACCAGUGCUACCACCCCAACAUGCCCGACUCCUUCUCCACCUGCACCUCCGUGCUCGCUGCGUGGGCCAUUGGCGGCGGGACGUUUGACUACCCCCCCGAGGCCGGGUACUCCCUGGGAGCGCAAGGGGACCCCAAGAUGGUCCUGAUCGAGAUGCACUACGACAACCCCGGGCAGGUGCUAGACGUGAUCGACAGCUCCGGUUUGCGCUUCUACGUCACGCCGCAGCUGCGUGCCUACGACGCCGGGGUGCUGCAGGCCGGCGUCGGUGUCAACAACCUUCACUUUGUGCCGCCCGGAGCCUCCUCCUACACGAGCUACGGCGUCUGUCCCACCCAGGGAUUCGCCACCGUCGACCACAACGGGACCUCGCUGCGAGACGCGAUGCCACGUCCGAGGGGCGUGGCGCUAGGUAGAGAGGUGACGCAGAGCGGAGAGAUGAAGGUCUUCGCUUCGCUCCUGCAUGCUCACCUGCUGGGCAAGGCCAUCCAGCUGCGGCACUACAGGGCUGGAAAGCAGAUCGGCGAACUGGGUCGCGACAUGGGCUACGACUUCAACUUCCAGGAGACGCGCUACCUGACAAAGCUCGUCUCCGUGAUGCCGGGCGAUUUCAUCAUCACAGAGUGCCUCUACAACAGCAAGGACAAAGCCACGACAACCACGGGUGGGCUCAGCACCCAGGAAGAGAUGUGCCUUGGCUUCCUGCACUACUACCCCAAGGUGAACGUGUCGCAAUGCCUCAGCGUUUACAACAUGACGGAGCUGGCGCCCGCCCUCGGAUACACCGUCAUGCCUGAUUACCCACACACGGUGAUAACCCCCGAGGUGGACAAGGGGGAGCCGAUCUUCGCCGUCUACGACAACGUGAACUGGACGGAGCAGACUAUCCGCUCUGUGGAAAAAGCGGCACGAAUGGCCAACCAUUACGCGGUGCACAGGGACACGAAUGGGUACCAGUAUUUCCCUUGGCAGAGAAUCCCCGAGAUCCCUGCGGACCCCGAGGCGCCACCCUGCAACCCCACGCAACCCACCACGACACCCGCCACGAAACCCACCACGAAACCCACCACGAAACCCACCACGAAGUCCGGAGAUAAGGGGGCAGCCCCGAGCGUGCACCCCCACGGGACCUGGCUGCACCUGCUCCUGACGCUGCCCAUCGCGACCCUCGCUCUGCUGUUUGCGGAGCCUCUCCUCGCCUAACUCGCGGAAUAAAGAGGCUCAAGAGCUCUGAUUAAAAAAAAAAUAUGUAUGAUUGCAUUCACGACGUGUGAGAAAUCAAUUAUUUGUGAUAAGCAUGUGUUGUGCCUGACUUAUAAGGGUCGGAAUGCAUCUAUAUACCGCGCUUACCUGCCCCGUCUACAUGGAGUGCCACGGAGUGUACUGCUGCUCCGCUCACCCAUUGCUCUCCCGUGCUCAUUAAUUCUAUCCUACUGGUCUGCCCUUCUUGCCUAAUAUUCCACCCUCAGCCUCUCCCAAUGUCGUGAAUAACUUAUUGCGGUUGGCCCAGUGAACCUUUCCCUUCUGCGCCCAUACAAUGCCCAUACAAUGCCCACACAAUGCCCACACAAUGCCCACACAAUUUUAAGCCAAUUUAGGGGCACCGCAAUGUAACCUGUCCUGUGAGGGUCGGCCAAUCUCCUGGCACCGGGAAACCGUGGGACUCUCCCUCUAGGAACCCUUCGGAUUAAAACCCGAUGUGCCAGGCAAUCCCCCGCUAGGACACUACGUGGGCGCAAGUUCUGCGUGUGCGCGCGUGCUCAGGGUGGGGGCCGGGAGGGGAUCGCGGCGUUUGCAGAGUUGCUCCACGGUCGUGGCACCACAAGCGCCGAGGUGAGAGAAGCGCCGCGGGGAGGUCGGAAUUUUUGUUGAGCUGAGUUUGAAAGUUAAAGAGUUUAUACGCAUACAAGAAAAUGGGAGAGCAUCCUUGAGUACAAUCACGAGGGGUGACGCCACACUGAGGCCGGUGUUUGCUAUGCGCAAUACGGGACAGUCCUCGACCUACAAAUAGGUUCCGUUCCAGAGACCAACUCGUAAGUGGGUUUGUUCAUAUCUCGGAACUAAAUAUGUAAUUGUACGUACUGUACAUAAAACAUCUUGUGGUUUAACAAAAGAGGGACAUUCAUCAAUAAGAAAGGUUGCACAUUUGCAUGUCACACUGUAAUAAAUACUAUAAAGUAAAUAAAACAAUGUAAUCUACCACGAAAAGAAAAAUAAUCAGUUUUACUUUCAUUUGCCUCGGGUCCUCAUGCUGGCUUGCUUGUUGGAAGGGUCGCAUUGAGUCCCCACAAUUGCACACACGA